AUGACGGAAGUCGGCGCGGAGGCUGGAGGAGUGUGCGCGCUGGGGGCGCAGAGGGCGCUAGAGUGGCUUCGGCCCCGGGCCGCCGCCGCCGCCGCCGCCGGACGCGCACGGGUCCGCAGCGGGAGAGACGCCGGCCCCGGAGGUAACACCGUCUUGGUUGCAGAAAUGGUUAAGGAGGCUGAGGUGCCACAGGCAGCGCUGGGCACCUUGGCCCUCGGGACAGGAGACAGCUGCAACUCGCCCACGGCCGAAGACGAGGUGGGCGUCCCAAUACCAGCACCGGGGCUCCUGCAGGUCACAGAGAGGAGGCAGCCCUUGAGCAGCGUCUCCUCGCUGGAGGUGCACUUUGACCUCCUGGACCUCACGGAGCUGACGGACAUGUCCGACCAGGAGCUGGCUGAGGUCUUUGCUGACUCGGACGAUGAGAGCCUGGCCAGCGAGUCACCAGCAGGCCUGCACCCACUGCCCCGGUCUGGUUGUCUGCGCUCCCCCUCCUGGACGCGAACCAGGGCCGAGCAGAACCGAGAGAAGCAGCCACUUGGUGACCAGGAGCGCCAGCCAGCAAUUGUGGACACAUUUCUCACCGUGGAGAGGCCGAAGGAGGACUAGGCCAGCUGGCUAUGGGGCCAAGCCAGGGCAAAUCCAGACAGUUCUGACCCCAUGGACACUGCCCACCCCAUGUGGCUCUGGGUCAGGUUGUCGGGGUGCCCCAGCACAAGCACAGCCCAAUGGCCUUACGGCCCCCUCUGUCCCAGUCCCUGGGUCUCGGACAACAAUGGCUGAGGACGAGGUGGGAGUGGCCUUGGCCUUUUGGAAACUUCUGUCUGCAGGACGGGGGCUCUCAUCUGCCACGAGAACCCGAGGGGGUGUGGGGUGAGGGGGACCUAAGUCACAGACAGCUUCUCUGCAAACCCCUGGAGGGCCUUGGGGGUUCUGGCCUGGGAAUGGCCACACCGUGCUCCAGCCCAUGGGAGCACCCACGAUCCAGCCAACUAUGUGGGUGCGGGCGCCACCUUCAUGUCAACCCCGUCCUCUUCCUGCCACCCAGGAAGCAUUCUUGGUAGCAGGGCCCCCUCCUCAGGCCCGAAGACCCUGCUUGUCUUGGCCUGUGUGACAGCUGAGCCCACCCUCCGAGGGUCAUGAUACCAACUACAGCACAGCCACCUCAGAAUGUGGGCAGGCGGGGUCUGCCCUGGCGAGGACACAUCCCCACAGGCGCGCACAGUCCGGUUCUGUGCCCCUGCUUGGCGUCCAGGCCUGGGGUCGAGAUGCCCGAGGGGGGCUGGGAAUAUGAGGGGACUCUGGCACAACCCCCAGCCCCCAACUUAAGGGCACCAGGCUUAGCUGCUCCCAAUGCUGCUUUUUAUGAGCUAAGGGAUGAAAUAGGCUUCUGGUCUGACAGCAAAUCCAAGAAUAGUUUUACAAUAAAUACGUAAGUCUGCUUCUGGUCCCCAGGCCAACCUGCCCUGACCCAUUCCCCCAUGAAACAUUUCUACAGGGGGAACCUGCCCUUCUACGGAAGCCCCGGCCGUGCUCUGUGCACAGUGAGACACAGGUUCCCCUCUGAGAACACAAGCAAGGAAAACCAGCUGAAAGGAUGUUUGCCAGGCACCACUCGGAAGUUCACUUAAACACAAAUCCUGUAAGGGCAGCUGCAUGCCCCCCACCCCCUGCCAAGGGUCUCCCUCUUUGAUUCCCAGCCUUCAGCUUCAGCUUCGCAGAGCUUAUUUACAAACAUUGGGAUUAAAGUCUCACCUCUUCUUAAGGCCCAA